AUGCUGAAAAUGGCCCAAAAGUCUGAUGAAGGAAGCUACAGCUGCAUUGUCAAGACCAAAGACUGGGGUGCUCAGACCCAAACUGUUCUGGUUGUUGAAUCUUCAAAAGGUAUGAAUCACAAAGUAGGACGGGCACAGAGGAAAUAGCUCAGGCCUAACUUUUGCAUUUGUGGUGUAAAAUUUAAAGCUACAGUAAUCACCAGAGAUGACCUCUCCUUCACAAAGGACAGUCCUAUUUGAAGGCACCCUCUCUUUGAAAAGCUUCCCAGUCCAAGACUGGUUUAAAGAUGAAGUGCCAUAAGAGGGAAAGCAGUGGCCCUGAACUUGAUCAUUGACAGUUAGUGACUGCUCAGCAAACUGAGCAGGAACCUGGGUCAUCUAUUCACUAGGGUGAAUUGGAUACUAUUUCUGAUUAAAUUUUAGCAGUUAGUUCCAAAUUUGCAUCUAUGCUUAUAAAGUGGCACAACGUAUUUUUUUUUGUUGGUUCAUGUGAGCAUGGGAGGGGGGGUAACAAAGGAAACCAGGCCCCCUUACAACUAUAUUUCCCAUGACUCUCUUUGCGACAUCAUAAUCUAAUAAGCAAAGAAAGGACCUGGCUGAACUUCUGAAUAAUGUGUUACCAGAGUCUUCUCCAUUGUCCUCCAUGAGUUCCUGCUGCCACGACUGAUACUGAUUCCCUGGAUAGAUGGCAAUGACUCCAAAAAUCUCAGAACUCAAGUGGUUCCAUUUAAAAUGGUUAUCAUUUUUAAAAUAUCUUGCUGCCUGAUCAAGUAGGAACCUAUUUUUAAUCAAUGGAAAGGUUUUCAGUUGAUUAAUCAUACUGCCUGAUUGUCUGACUAUCAUAGCAUGUAAAAAGGCAUCCCUUAUUCUCUGCCAUUUCUUUCUUUCAGGCAACAGUACCUCAGAGAAUUAUUGUUCCUGCACUGCCUUUUGGGUGAUGUUUGUCUUUCUUCUUCUCGCUCUUCUCGCUCUUGCAGUCACUGUUUGGGCAGUCAUACACAAAGGUACCGUAUAAAUCGCUCUCUCUAAUAGUGAAUUCAUGUGAGGAGUGGAGUGCAGACAGUGGGGCCAACUUGCAUAAAAUAUUGGGGGCCCCAGGUAAGCCCCUCUCCACAUAAUCGAUCAGAAGACACAGUGUAUACACACCAUUUGCAUGGCAAUGCCCAUCAAUUUUGGGGGUGCAAAGAGCCCUCAGCCCCUAGGAGUUGGCUCCUAUGAGUGCAGAUAAGAUUGCAGCUAUAGCAGAGACCCAAGAGAGAUUUAUCUACAUGCUCAGAGUAAUUACAAGGCAAUGGUGGACCCUGGCUUUUCACAUUUCAGUGGUCUCCCAUGUGACGCCCAAAUCCGGCCUUCUGUAGGACUUCAUAGUUGUGUCACCUGCUGCAGUGUCCCAGAAGCUCUGUGCCCAGUGUGGCCAAACCAGUCAUGUUCCCCUAGAUCUGCCUCUGCACAAGGUCUGCAGAUGUACAAAAACAAUCCAACAGAGGGUACAAUCCCCCUCAAAUGGCUUAUAGCACAGAUGACUAAUCUGUGAUUUGAACAGUCCUGUAGCUGGAUUACAAUUCCCAUCAUCCCUGAUAAUGCUGGCUGAGGCUGGAGUCCAGCAAUAUCUGAACAGGCACAAGUAGACUACCCCAAUCCACAGAAUUUAUCCACUACUACAUCCUUGCCUUGGGGCUUUUACCGUAGAGUCCUACAGCUCUAUAUUCCAUAGUUGGUUGCAAAUAAAAAUAUCCAAUAGGGUAUUCUAUUCUGGUAGUGCCCUUAGAUGCCAAGCUAAAUUGGACUUCCUUAUGAUUCCCCCCGACCCCCUGCCCCACAUCUCAAGGUGCCAGAGAAAAGGAAACUCUCUCACGGAAUGAAGAGCAGAGUGUUAAAGAAGAAAAAGGGGAAAUAAAGGAAGAAGAAGAAGGUAUGUCUUGUAAAAUCUGUCUGCUUGUAAACAACCAUUUGAUCAACUGAAAACACGGCCACAUAUUCAAUUUUUGUAUUUGAAAGGAGAAAUAUGAACCAUCAAGAUUACCCCUUUGCUAAACCAAGAGGCAUUUUCUGCCAGCCUGAGCCCCACAUUAAACCCGGGACAUUAUCUGGGGUGCAGGUAGGUGGUCCAAGCACCUCCCUGUAACUGAUCUGUGGGUUAGGGACUGAAUAGAAACAAUGCCCUGUGCUGAAUGGAGAAAUUGUGCUUAUGCCCACUCAAUUGGCAGGCCCACUGCCUCCUAAAGUCGCAGGUUUAAUUUUACCCAAAUUUUCUGCGGCAAAAGAAAGAAUCCAGGUUAUUCCAGGAGUUUUGGAUCCUGACUAUGUAGGCACAAUAAUGGUUCAACUCUGGAGCCAUAUGCCCAUGCAAUUAAAAAAGGGUGAGUCCUGGGCGCAUUUGGUGGUGCUCCCUUCUCAUCCUACUGCUUCUAUUAUGGAUAGUAAUUUGCACGAGCUCUCUUCUUUCCCUCCACAGCUGUUAGCUGUAGUCCAGAGGAUUGGUGAAAAGAAACUUCUUCGUAAGUAUAAAAUCAAUGGUAUUGUGCUGGAAGGCUUGAUUGACACAGGCGCAGACGUUUCUGUAAUUUCUAGUAGUUGCUGGGACCCCACGUGGCCCCUUGAGUCUGCUUCUGCAGUCUGGGGUGUGGGUGGCCCCCAAACCUCUUCCAAAAGCAUACAGUGGCUGCCUGUUUCUCUGCCUGAUAGCUCUGAAACCAUUGCUUACAUCCAGCCCUGUGUGCUGAAAAUCCACCUCAAUCUGUGGGGAAGAGACUUACUACAGCAAUUACAAGCUACCAUUCAAUUUAAUGAGUAAGCUUGCACUUCCCCUCAGCUGGAAAUCUACCAGUCCUGUAUGGGUGGAACAAUGGCCCAUAACGGGAGAAAAGCUACUUGCUUUAAAACAAUUAGUGAAUGAACAAUUAUCGGCAGACCAUAUUGAGCCUUCAGUUAGCCCCUAUAAUACACCCAUCUUCGUCAUAAAAAAGAAGAGUGGCAAAUGGAGAUUUCUCCAGGAUUUAAGGAAAAUAAACCAGAUCCUUGAACCCAUGGGGCCUUUGCAGUGUGGUCUGCCUAAUCCAAAUGUGAUUCCACAUUCUUAUCAAUUGGCUAUAAUAGAUUUGCAAGAUUGUUUCUUCUCCAUUCCCCUACAGGAGAAGGAUCGUAAAUUCUUUGCCUUUACCGUUCCUGUGUUAAAUAACAGUCAGCCCACGGAACGGUACCAAUGGAAGGUCCUACCACAAGGGAUGUUGAAUUCCCCUACCAUGUGCCAACAUUAUGUGAGCCAAGCCCUUCAGCCUUUUCGUUUGCAGUAUCCACACCUCUUAAUUUGUCAUUACAUGGAUGACGUGCUUUUGAGUGGGCCACGCCUUCCCCCUCAAUGGAAACAUGAUUUGAUAAAUUGUUUGUCGCUUUAUGGUUUGAAAAUUGCUCCCGAGAAAGUUCAGGAAUCUUCUCCCUUUCAUUAUUUGGGACACAAAAUGAUAGCUAGCUAUUCUAUUCCUAUUGUCCCUGAACUUCAUGUUCCAAAAACAAUGAAAUAUGUCCAGCUGCAGCAAUUGCUGGGCAAUAUCAAUUGGAUAAGACCCUAUUUUAAAAUCCCCCUUAAAGUUUUACGGCCGCUUUUUUCAGCCUUAAAAGGCCAUCAAUCACUUUGACUUCCUCUCAGCAGGAGACUGUUGCCCAGUUAAAGGAAAUCAUGCGUCUCCACUGGGUUGAUCGAGCGAUUCUUAAUGUUUUGCCCGAUGUAGUCAUAAUGACAGAUUCUGUCCAACCUUUUGCGGCCAUUAUUCAGUUGGGCCCAUCGAAAGUUCAUAUAAUUGAAUGGCUGUAUUUACAUCAUACGCCAAAGAAUACGGUGACUCCUUUAGUGGAUCUCCUUGCUCAGCUCAUCAGCAAGGGACGCCGUCGCUGCAAAAGCCUCUUUGGCACUGAUUGCGGCCAACUCAUUGUACCCAUGCCUUUAGAACAAUGGGAAACUGCUCUCUCCACUAGCAUGGAUUUGCAGUGCGUUUUAGCCGAUUUUGUUGGCCAAGUGGAUUGCCAUAUCCCAGCUGACCCUCGCCUGCAAAUGAGCAAACAAUUCUCCCUGUCUUUCUCAACCAUAUUAUCUCCUGCCCUUUUGGACGCCCCUACUGUCUUUACUGACGGAUCCCCCUCCAGGGGGGUAGUUGCCUGGCAACAAAAUGAGGAAUGGCACAGCCUCUACACUCUUCCACAAAAAUCUGCCCAGCGUUCUGAGUUAGCAGCUGCUGUCAAAGCUCUGCACCACUUCUCCAAGCAGCCUUUAAAUUUGAUCGUGGACAGUCUUUAUGUUGCAAAUGUCAUAACUUAUUGAGCCUUUUCCUAUCCUUACAAUUGCUUCUUUCUACUUGCUCCCACCCUCUAUUUGUGGUGCACAUUCGCUCUCACCAACCCUUCCCAGGCUUUAUCACUGAUGGCAAUGCAAAAGCAGAUUCCUUGCUUAGAGCUUUGCCUGUUUCCCCUAUUGAAAGUCAUGCUUUCCAUCAUCAAAAUGCGAAAGCCCUUAGCCGCCAGUUCCAAAUCCCGUUGGAAGCGGCACGUGCAAUCAUCCAACAAUGCCCUCAAUGCUCUAAUCAGAUUGGCCACCCCAGCCCUGGUGUUAAUCCCCGUGGGCUGGCAUCCAACCAGUUGUGGCAAAUGGAUGUAACUCACUUCGCCCCUUUUUCACCUUGGAAGUUCAUACAUGUUUGCGUUGAUACGUUCUCUGGCUUUAUUUGGGCCACCCCUCAAAGGGGAGAACAAGUUAAGCAUGUUCGCAAUCAUCUUGUUCGUACCAUGUCAGUCAUGGGCAAGCCUCAUUCCUUGAAAACUGACAAUGCCCCAGCGUACUGUGCAAAAACCUUUGCUCAGUUCUGUGAAACUUGGAAUAUUCACCAUUUAUUUGGCAUCCCCUACAAUUCUCAAGGCCAAGCGAUUGUUGAACGUGCCAAUCGCACCUUGAAAACUGCUUUGCUUCGCCAGGAAAAGAAGGCCGGAGUCCCAGCCUCACUUUCCGAAAAGGAAGGCUGGCUGGCCAGUGUUCUCUUUACUCUCAACCAUUUGAAUGUUUCCAUACAGGAUCAUCAAUCUUAUACUCGCCUGCAGAAGCAUUUUCAACAAACAGAGAUACUCCCAGCCCCACUGGUCCGCUAUAAGAUAUUACCCUCCAACGAAUGGAGUGAACCUGUAAAACUGAUCACCUGGGGAAAGGGUUACGCUGCAGUUUCUACUCCACAGGGUGCUCGCUGGGUUCCCGCACGCUGCAUCCGCCUAUACCAUGGCGUGGCGACAGACCCUUCUGGAUCCGAUACCGCAGUUCGACCGCAAACUACGGAUCGCCCAGGCUGCAACGUCCAGCCCCCCCAGGACUCGCAAGCGGGAAUUCGUAAUGGACCUGUGACAUGGGGCCAAAUAAAAUCACUCUCAUGUCAGGCUGAACAGCUUAGAAAGGAAAAGCAGCUUGAAGCAACCCCUGAGAAUUUGCUUCUGUGCGUUAUUUCCUGCCUUAACAUUAAUUCCAUGAUAGUGCUCAUUCUCAGCGUUUUGUUUUUGCCUCUUUCUGCCUCCACUCCUACUAGUGAUACCCACACACCAACAAAUGUGUGGGAAUCUUUUGCAAAGACCCUCAAUAUUUCUUCCUUUUGCCUAACCCAACAGGUAUCUAUAGGGGAAAUUCUUGGUUCCUGCCUUAUCCCUGUUUGCCAUGACCCUUUUGAAAUACAAAAUGAUACCUGGUUUUUCUCAUCCCUACCCAAGAAUGAUUCUCUCCGCACCCUUGGUUAUUCCGGUUACUAUGUCUGGGGUAACCAAGUGCGCCGCCGCCCAUCUCUGGCCAUUGACUUAUUGACCCCAUACAUGGCUUCCUUUAAUGUCACUUGCACCCGUAUGGUGAAUUGCACAAAAACCAAUUGCGUGAAAAUGGCCACUGAUAACUUCCACUGCUCUGAUUAUGUAAAUAUUUCCUAUGUAUAUAAAUACACAGAACUACCUGCAGGUUGGUUCUGGUCGUGUCCUGGCUAUACAUUUAAUUACAUUCCAGCAAACAUCAGCCAUGGAACACCCUGUUGUUUAAGCCGUUUGUCCAUUGUAUUACCCAAAAGCAUCAUUUGACCCGCUCUCGACAUCGCCGCUCUAUUGAAUUAACUAACGACUGUGAUGAUUCAAUUUCUCUUCCCAGUAGGUCUGAAUAUAUCUCCUUAGCUGUCUCUCUCUUAGGAGUCCCUGGAUUGGCUGUACGCAAUAGUAGAAAUAUUAAUUCUCUAGCUUGUUCUGCAGCAAAAGCCCUGAAUUAUACUUCUCAAGCCCUUCACCUUUUGAAUAAAGAGCAAAGUGAACUCCAGCAUGGGCUUUUACAGAACCGUGCUGCUAUAGAUUAUUUGUUGAUGCUUCAUCAUUAUGGCUGUGAACAAGUGAAUGACAUGUGUUGUUUGUCGGAGCCAGCCGUUACAAGUGGCGCAGUUUAGCAUAAAAUAAAGACACAGAGAGCCAGCAAUAUUUUCAGGAUGGUAUGAGCAGCUCCUUUCGAACUUCCCUCUCCUCCUGCAGCUUCUUUAUUUAUCCUUUGUCUCUCUCCAGCCGCAUGGCCGUUUGCCAAUGUCUCACGUUACCUCAUCCGGUCAAGGCUUUAACCCACCCACAAACCAUAUAAGGUCAUCACUGCCCAGAGGAAAUACAACUCCAUUUAAGGUCAACACAUUCCAAUACAUUGUAAAGCUCAGAGUGCUGGUCAGCCGAGGUCAGGGGGCACCCUGCAAUAUUACAAGCCUUUACUGUGGCUUUAUGACUCCCACAUGCCCUCUUUCUUUAUUUUAUUUCAUAGCCAUAUAUAUCAGUACCAAUACGGUUAUAUCGAGCGCGAUAAGCGACUCUUUGACACCGGAAGCGGGCCACGGACUGGAGAACCAUGCAGUACAUAUAGAAAUUAAAGAAGGAAUACAUUGGAUACAGCAACACAAAAUAAUGCAAAUAACUACUAUAAUGAUCACUAAAAUCAAUAAAUGUCGAAGCCAACUUCCAUCCGGAAGCCAAGAAUAUAAGAAUUCUGAUUCCAAGCUGCAUGGUAGGCUUCCUUGCUAG